AUGUGGCCGUUCUCAACAUAUCCGGAGACGACAGCCAGUGAUUUAUCUGGGAAAACGUUUGACUACAUCAUCGUUGGUGGCGGUACGGCUGGAUGCCUAAUCGCAAACCGUCUUUCCGCUUCCCCAAACGCCUCAGUCCUAGUUCUCGAUAAGGGCCGCGUCAACGCCGGGGUUCUCUCGCGGAUCCCACUAUUUGGCAUCCUGCAAAAAGGGGUUGUCCGCUACCACGCCGAACCUAAUGCGCACUUGCGCGGGCGACAUGUGCAACUUCUGGCUGGUGAAAUGCUAGGUGGUACCAGUCGCGCUCAUUCCAUGGUAUGGAGUCCCGGAGGCCGGCCUGAAUUUGACGGAUGGGCGCUUGAGCUGGGAUUGGAAUAUUGGAGCUGGGAGAAGGUAGCGCCGGCCUUUGCGAGGGUUGAAAAGUCAAUUCAACGGAAAGGGGCAGGCGAUCUAGGGCUCAUGCCGUAUGUAGAUGCAGCGAUGGGAAGAGUAGGACUAGGUGAUGGAGGGGGAGAACGAGGCACCCAAAGAUAUAACCGCAGCGAGGUCUCGGUUGAUGCAGAUGGGAACAGAGUCUCUGCGUUGACCGCAUGGCUGAAUGCCUCGGUCGUGAAUGAGAGGAAGGGGAGACUAACGGUGUGUACAGGCGCGACAGCGACAAAGCUCGAGUUUGCGGAUGACAGAACUAGAGUUACAGGUGUAUGGAUCAAUCCUGGAGGGAGUGCAGACAUUUUGGUCAAGGCUCGGCAGGAGGUGAUUUUAUGUAGCGGCGUCUUCGGCACGCCGCAGCUGCUAAUGCAAAGUGGCAUCGGCCCCAAGGACCAUUUGUCCACUCAUAAAAUUCCUGUGGUUCAUGAUCUUCCUGCAGUGGGUGCGCAUUUGACUACCCACAUUCUUGUCCCAGUCAUGACAGAGCUCCCACUUAAACACACACUGCAUAUCAUUCAGACAGCGGCUAUUGUAUGGCAUUUUUUGCUGUGGCUCUUCGCCGGGUCUGGAGUGCUUGCCUCUAACGGUCAAUGGGGCGCCGCAUUUUUGCACUCAGAUAUGCUCGACGAGGCAACAAUGACGUUCGUCCCUCCUGAAGAUGGUGAGAAAGAAGUGACUGAUCUCGAAAUCUUGAUUGCCCCAAUUAGUACGCUCAUCGAGCACGGUGUCCCCGGAGUACCUUGCAUGACCUGGUACGCGGCUCUUGUGCAGCCGCACACCACCGGCAACGUUGAGCUCACAUCUAGCUCUGAUGCGAAAUCGCCCCUUAAGAUUACACUCCCAUUGCUGAUCGACUCUCGUGACAGCGUGCGCCUGCGUAAAGCUGUACGGUUUGCCAUGCGGUUGGCUGAUGAGUUUUCGGGACCGGAGGUUGGAUAUCCACACCCGGCACCGUUAACGUUGGCUCCCGGGAUGGGAUUGGAAUACUUAGAUGGACUCAUGGACAAGAACAAGAGCAAGAGUGAGAAGAGAAAGCUUACAAAAGCGUUGCCACCACAGAAGCACGCUUGGAGGACAGUGACUGAUAUGGAAAUUGAUGAAUAUAUAAAGAGGAUGGUUACAGGGAGCUAUGAUCCUGCUGGCACAUGUCGGAUGAGUCUUACAAAGGAGGAGGGUGUAGUAGAUCAGAGCCUGAAGGUAUAUGGAGUGCGCAACUUGCGAAUUGCAGAUGCAAGUGUGCUUCCCCGGUGUGGGGGCGCUUCGAUCUCGGCGUCCAUUUAUAUGAUUGGGGAGAGAUGCGCUGAGUUUAUCAUGAAGCAGGAUGGUUUUUCUUCCUAG